UGUGAUUGUUGAGAGUUACGUUAUUCAAAACAUAGCCAGCAUGUUUAAUUUUUAAUAUCCGUAUGUAGACAACUUUUUUUCUGACAAGUUAAUUGGGUUCCGAAUCUUUUAACUUAUAAAUCAAGCGCACCUUCUUUUUAUUUCUUUCUCUAUAGUACUCUUUUUUUUUUUUCUCCUGAGAAAAAGGCCUAUAUAUAAAGCCUCCUCCUUUCCCACACUAUCAAAUCGUCCACAACAAUAUUUCUUCACACAACGACGUACAAUUUUAUUUUUUUUUAACCAAAAAAAAAAAAAAAAAAAAGGAUGUCUUCUAGAGGGGCUUGUGAACCACUAGCAGUAGGGAGAGUGAUAGGAGAAGUAGUAGACAGUUUCAUUCCGAGUGUGAAAAUGAAAGUGAUAUACAAUGGGAGCAAGCAAGUCUCCAAUGGACAUGAGCUCAUGCCUACUGUUGUUGCUGCACAACCUCGUGUUGAGAUUGGUGGUGAAGACAUGAGAUCUGCUUAUACACUUAUCAUGACGGACCCGGAUGCUCCAAGUCCCAGUGAUCCGUACUUGAGGGAGCACCUCCACUGGAUUGUUACAGAUAUCCCUGGUACCACUGACGUCUCUUUUGGACGGGAAAUAGUGAGCUAUGAGACACCAAAGCCAGCAAUAGGGAUUCACCGCUAUGUAUUCAUAUUAUACAAACAAAGAGGAAGGCAAACAGUGAAAGCACCAGCAACAAGGGACCAAUUCAACACUCGGAGUUUUUCAGCAGAAAAUGGAUUGGGAUGCCCUGUUGCUGCUGUCUAUUUCAACGCCCAGAGAGAAACUGCCGCCAGAAGAAGAUGAAAUAAUUAAACAUGUGAUUCAAAUAAGCUCUGCACUCUGCUCUGUGAAGACAUAGUAGGGACAACAUACGGGCAAAAGUAUUAUUGCUACUACUACCACUACACAACGUUGCGUACGUCCCCUCGCUGAUUGGUUCAAGAUAUUUAAGCGUCAUUGUCAACCAUAUUAUAAGCUCGUAACCAAUUAUAUAUGGUGUUACUCUAUGUUUAAUUUGUUUGUCGUAUUCUCAGCCUCAAAGUUUGUACUAUUUCUUUUUACUUUGUAUAAUGUGCACUCGCAAGUUGGACCAUGGCCUCAUUUAA